CGAAAAAGUACUAUGAGUGGUUCAAGAUGACGCUGUAUCAAAUGUAAAAGUGUCUGGGUCUGGAAGAGUCAUGCUGUUUUUGCAUGACGCAGAAGGUCUGACAUGGAAGCUCUAGCAUCACAGGUUUCAAGAAGCUUCCGCCAUGCCGAAUCCGCAUGACACAUCCCUCAUAAUUUUGGUGACAGAAAGUGGGCAGCUUUUGCUACCUAUGCAUGAGAGGGUUUUCGGUGUUCUGAAACGCGCAUCACAAGUUUGUAUUCUUCCAGACCCAGACAUUUUUGCAAUCCAUACGCUGCAGAAGAAAGAAAAACACGGUAAACAGCAGUUGUAAAGGGAAAAGAGUCUCUACUCCUCGUCCCGGUUUGGGAUUAACUACCCUAAGGAGUAGAGACACGGAAUAAUUUGUGAAUCGAUCAAAUCCACCAAUAGUUGUGAUUUGAAUUUUUUGCGAAGCUGGAAAAAUGCUUCUAGUAUUUAUUCUUUGUUGGAAAAGUUCUUGACUGAUUUGUCAAAAUUGAUGUGAGUGUAAAAAGUAACAUUUUGCAAUUAGGCCUACAGUAACAUUUUGCAAUAUAUCAGCUCGUUAUUUUGGCACCCAACCACUGUCACAGCGAGACACAGUUCUACUUUCCUCGGGACCAACUUGUAGAAAGUUGAACUACAACGGUCGUCGUGUAGCUUUUUGUACUACAAGGCGUUCCAAUCACUGGCGCGUAUUGUAGACAACUGUUUUCAAUUAUGCUACACCCCAAGAUUGAUUAUAUUAUGACAUCACUUCUUCUUUCAAUCAUCGGGACCGGGGCCGCAAGGCUCUCGUCAUAUUCUUUGUCCAGCAGAAACGCUAUCCGCAAAAGUGUUUGA